AAAUAAGAGUAAGGGGAAACCAACUUAGAGAAGGUGUAGCCAUAAUACUUUUUCUUUUUUUUUUUAAAUUGGGCUUUUAUUUUAGUAGCUAUGACAGAAAAACCUGUGCACAUAGUAUGAGUCUGGCUUGACAGGAACUGGAGGAGAGAGUGAGCGAGGGACAGAGCGAGAGAGAGAGAGAGAGAGAGAGAGAGGACGCUGGGCGUGCACCAAACUCUGGACUGGUUUGACUCGUCACGGGACACGAUGCGCUUGAGUCACAUCCAGCCGUGAGGACUUUGUUAGAGAGAAGUAGGAGAAUCACCGAGAGCAACGCGAAGGCCUCGCGACACAGAAACUGCGCAGGAUGGGCGAGCGCGCGGACACCGCUUUCAGAACCACCGGGUCCGAGCUGCUGCUGCCCGUCAGUGAAUUCUUCCGCUUCCCUCUGGAUCAGAUGAAUUUCUUAGCAUGUCAGCUGUUUGCUCUGGCUGCUGCCUUCUGGUUUCGCCUCUACCUCUGCCCCGGUCAUUCCAACCCCCUCAUCAGACACGCCGUGGCCACGCUCCUGGGCAUCGCCUUCCUCAUCUUCUGCUUUGGAUGGUACUCCGCUCACAUCCUGGCAGUAGUGGCCGCUUGCUACCUCAUCAUGCUCAAAGCCGACAUCAACAACGUGCACAAGUACUCCAUGGUGACGGCCAUGGGCUACCUGACGGCGUGCCAAGUGAGCCGGGUCUUCAUCUUCAACUACGGCAUCCUGUCCACCGACUUCUCUGGGCCCCUGAUGAUGGUCACUCAGAAGGUCACCACGCUGGCCUUCCAGCUCCAUGACGGUAUGUGUAAGAAAUCCCAGCAGCUGACCCCAGAGCAGAAGCGUUUGGCUAUAAACGCGAGGCCUUCUCUCAUCGAGUACCUGAGUUACACGCUGAACUUCCUGAGCGUGCUGGUGGGGCCGUGCACCGACUAUCAGGACUACAUGGACUUCAUAGAGGGCCGGCACGUCAGCAGGCGGCUCCAGCCCCACUGUCAUGCGGGCAACGGGUACGGCGGCUACAGCAGGAAACUGGAGCCGUCCCCGCUGGGCGCGGUCUGUCGCAAGCUGCUGAUCUGCCUCGUCUGCAUGCUGUUCCACUUAACGGUGACGCGGUCCUUGCCGGUGGCCUACAACGUGGACCCGGGCUUCGUGAGCAGCGCCUCCUUCCUCUCCAGACUCGCCUACGCCUUCUUCUCCAUCCAAGCGGCCCGGCCCAAGUUCUACUUCGCCUGGACGCUAGCGGAGGCCGUCCACAACGCCGCGGGCUACGGCUUCUCCGGGACGGACGCCAGCGGGAAGCCGGCGUGGGAGCUCGUCUCCAACGUCAACAUCCUCGGGAUUGAGACUGCAACCAGCGUCAAGGCGUUCAUAGACAACUGGAACAUUCGAACAGGCGUUUGGCUUAAAGCUGUGUGCUAUGACCGAGCCCCCAGGCAGCGGCUGGCCUUGACCUUCUUGCUGUCGGCCUUGUGGCACGGGGCGUAUCCCGGGUACUACUUCACCUUCAUCACCGCCAUACCCAUCACCAUCGCAGCGCGGGCUGUACGGAGGUCUGUUCGCCACCUCUUCCUGGGCUCCGAUGGUUUGAAGCUGGGUUACGACGUUAUAACCUGGGCAGCCACCCAGCUGGCCAUCUGCUACACUGUCAUGCCUUUCCUUCUCCUGGCCUUGGAGUCCACCAUGAUUUACUACAGGUCCAUGUACUUCUAUGUGCACAUCAUCAGCAUUCUGGCUGCAAUCGCCCUGUAUCCCAAACACAGGGCGGCUUCCUCCGCCUCCUCCUCCGCAUCUUCACGCUCGGUGCCCGCUCACUCCAACAACAACCACAAAGUUGACUGAGAAGCCCCAGUUCCCGCCUCCUACCAGACUCGUGCUAAGGUGAAUCCUGCGCUCUCAAAUGACUAUCCCUAAAGGGCACUCCGCCACCUUUAUAAUAGGAAAUGUGUUAUUUUUUUAUGUGGAAUGAGACAGAUUUUAGAUUUAGGGCACAAAGGUUGCAGGAUGCACGUUUCCGCCAUAUUGUGAGAAGACAGUAGAUCAAAGAUGAGCUCAGGCUCCAGAGUAGACCACCUGAGGAGGCGUCUGCCCCGCUGUCGAGACACAAAGCGGACUCACUUCCCCUUGUCCUGUGUGCAGCUGAAUAGUGGGAUCGCAGCCAGCUGAGUGGGACGGCGGCUCAUCAACGGGGCCCAAACACCAGGACGCACACUAACUCAUGCAUGAACGCACCGUAGGAAGCAAACAUGCUCGCACUUCGCCGCGAUGACACACAAAAGCUGCUCUCGUGCGGCCACGACAGAAGAGGCUGCCGAGGAGAGAGGGGGCUGACGGACCCGCUGCACCCACAGCGUGUGUGGACGUUAUCCACGCUCAGCCGCCAUCAGUGUCGCUGUGUGGACCUGGGUCUGUUUUUUUUAACAAUCCAAUGAAACCGUUGCUGUUUAAGGUUGGCAGCUUCUCCACGUGUGGAGUCCUUGAUGUUCUCUGGAACAAGCAGACCACAGUUUUUAUAGAUUAUUCUUGGUUUUAGCUGAACCCCUGUAAAUAUAAAGGAAAUUGGAAAUACAAGUCCAACUGUGUGCCAACAAGCUUUUGCACGUUAGUCGUAAAUGGAAGUGCCAAUAAGUUAUGUAAUUUAACCAUCAUGCAGCGAUAUGUAUGUACAGUAUUUAGAUGAAUGGGGCGGGAAACCUGUUGGAACAAAGCUGUGGUGAAAGGGAGGAAAUGAACAGCAUCCGUUGUAAACUAGGAGGAGGAGGAGAAAAGUGUUUGUUAGCACAGGGAGCGUGGUGCUGUGUUCACUGGUGGGUGGAUUCAACAGAGACACCUGCUGGUGUGUUGGUAAUGAAGGACGAGGUCUCCAGACGCAGAGCUGGGAGCAGAAACAAGUUCACACCAGUUAUUUCUCAUCACUAGUUUUAUUUUUGCAUUACGUUAUGUCACAUAACUGACCCUGAUGGACUCAUGGACAAAGUUAGUUGUGGUUCUAUUGACGAACAUUAGGAGACUAUCACUCAUGAGAUGUUCAGGAGCACUGAGGUUUGGUGGUUAAUGGUGCGUUCGAGUUCAGGUGUAUUUGAAGGUUCUUGAUCAUUUGGUUUACUAACAAACUGCACUGUUCAGUGCGUGUGUGUGUGUGUGUGUUUUCUGCGUUUCUACGUUAGGCUAAUUAAUAUGACGACUACAAAACCAAGCAGUUCCUUUUGAUCUUUUUUUCUGUGUGAACGUAAUUGUUUCUCUUGAGCGUGUGUGCGUGUUUUUUAAAAGCAGAGACGAGUGGCACAUAUCCAGUAUGGCGUCAGUGAGUGAGCAGCUAUGUCAAUGAUUUAAUAGUGAUGUAAGAUAUUUUUUAGGUGUUUGAAGUAUGUGGGAUCAAAUGUACUGAGUGUGUGAUCUUCUUACAUCAUUUUGAUUUUAGUUGUUUGCAACAAAUAAAGGUUCAGUGAAACUA